GAAAGUACGGCUGAGAAUGAAGAGGAAGAAGAAGAGACGAAAAAAGGGGAGGUCUUACUGACCAAGAUCGGUGACUCAGAAACGCGGAUAGAUAUGCCUCGACCAGAUAUGACCACCGCUCUCCUGGAGAAACCUCCCAUAGACAAGAAAGUGAAAAGACAUAGCAUACACGGUAUGAUGGAAGAGGAGAACGUCAUCAGACCACAUCAAGAGAUAGCGCAGCUAACAUUGGACGAAAAGAAGUUUUUGCUUGCUGUUGAGAGGGGUGAUGUGGCGUCCACUAGACGGUUAUUGCAGAGAGCCGAAGAAACCGACUACAUCAACAUCAACUGCGUUGACCCGCUAGGAAGAAGUGCACUGUUGAUGGCCAUCGACAACGAAAACUUGGAAAUGGUCGAACUGCUCAUAGAACAUAGAGUCGAGACAAAAGACGCACUACUGCACGCCAUCUCUGAAGAAUUCGUUGAAGCAGUCGAAGUUCUUCUAGAGCACGAAGAAACGAUACACCGGAAAGGAGACCCUCAUAGCUGGGAAGCCCUUCCGCCUGACACGGCCACCUUCACGCCCGACAUAACGCCGCUGAUCCUUUCUGCGCACAGAGAUAACUACGAGAUCAUCAAAAUCCUGCUCGAUCGAGGUGCCACUCUGCCCAUGCCGCAUGACGUUAGAUGCGGCUGCGACGAAUGCGUGACGUCACGCAUGGAAGACUCCCUGCGGCACUCGCGGAGCCGCAUAAACGCAUACAGGGCGCUCGCCUCGCCGUCGCUGAUCGCUCUCUCUUCCAAGGACCCCAUCCUGACGGCCUUCGAGUUAUCCUGGGAGUUGCGAAGACUGAGCUUCAUGGAGCACGAAUUCAAAAGCGAAUACCAGGAGCUGCGCAAGCAAUGCCAGGACUUCGCCACAGCCCUUCUGGACCACACUCGCAGCUCGUACGAGCUGGAGGUGCUCCUCAAUCACGACCCUACAGGGCCGGCCUUCGAACACGGCGAUAGAAUGCACCUGAAUCGGCUGAAACUAGCCAUUAAGUUGAGACAAAAAAAGUUCGUAGCACAUUCCAACGUCCAACAAUUGCUGGCGUCCAUCUGGUACGAAGGCCUGCCCGGAUUCCGCAGGAAAAACAUGUUCCUGCAGGCCCUCGAGAUCGUCCGGAUCGGCAUCCUGUUCCCUUUCUUCUCGAUCGCAUACAUUCUCGCGCCGCAUUCGGUCGUCGGACAGACAAUGCGGAAGCCCUUCAUCAAGUUCAUCUGCCAUUCCGCUUCGUAUUUCCUAUUUUUAUUCAUGCUCAUUUUGGCGUCACAAAGGCAGUUCCUACAGUCGUUUCUCGGUGUGGAAGAGGGUCAAGAAGUAUCGACCCAGCGUGGUGCGACUCCUUCCUUCGUAGAGUGGAUCAUUCUUUCAUAUGUGAGCGGGUUGAUAUGGAGUGAGAUAAAACAGCUGUGGGACGUGGGACUAGAAGAGUAUGUCCGCGACAUGUGGAAUGUCAUAGAUUUUAUCACGAAUUCGUUAUACGUAGCCACCGUAGCCUUAAGGAUUGUUUCUAUAUAUCAGGUUCGACUGAGUCCGGAAGCAUCAGAAAUUCGAAGAAAAGACUGGGAUGCCUGGGAUCCAAUGCUGAUUUCCGAAGGAUUGUUUUCAGCAGCAAAUAUAUUUAGCUCUCUCAAGCUUGUGUACAUAUUCUCAGUUAAUCCACAUCUGGGACCAUUACAGGUGUCUUUAUCACGUAUGGUUAUGGAUAUAAUGAAGUUCUUCUUUUUAUACGUUUUGGUACUAUUCGCCUUUUCAUGUGGCCUGAAUCAGCUUCUGUGGUACUACGCAGAUGCGGAAAGACAAAAAUGCCGACUGGACUCUGAUGAUCAGAUGAGUCACAAUCACACAGAACCUGAUUCGAAUGCUUGUACUAUUUGGAGGCGAUUUUCAAAUCUCUUCGAAACUAGUCAAACACUCUUUUGGGCUGUUUUUGGUCUCAUCGAUUUGGAGAGCUUCGAACUCAAUGAAAUCAAGAUAUUCACUAGAUUUUGGGGUAUGUUCAUGUUUGGAACAUACUCCGUCAUCAAUAUCGUCGUUCUUCUCAAUCUGCUGAUUGCCAUGAUGAAUCAUUCUUAUCAGCUCAUAUCAGAACGUGCUGAUACUGAAUGGAAGUUUGCACGCAGCAAGCUUUGGAUCAGCUAUUUCGAAGAGGGUGGUACCGUCCCAGUACCAUUCAAUGUCAUUCCUACUCCGAAAAGCCUCUGGUACAUUAUCGAGUGGGUCAGAAGGAAAUUCUGCGGUCAUUCGAGGGCUGCCAAAAAAGAACACAUGAGGACAAUCAGGAGGAAGGUGAAGCAAGCGAGUGAACGGGACUUCAGGUAUCAGGGGAUUAUGCGGAAUCUGGUACGGCGUUACGUCACAGUGGAACAGAGGAAAGCGGAAAAUCAAGGCGUCACCGAAGACGACGUCAACGAAAUAAAACAGGACAUUUCUGCCUUUCGAUUCGAGCUGAUCGAGAUUUUGAAGAAUUCGGGGAUGAACACUUCGUCAGCGCAAGGGGUUAUGGGCACCGGUGGCAAGAAGAAUCGCCAGAAGGAGCGACGCCUGAUGAAGGGCUUCAACAUCGCCCCCUCCACCUCGUCUGGCUCGCUGCCACCCGUCGCCGAGUUCAUCGCCUCGCUUCAGCAGCACCAUGACGCUCACGCGCACCACGGCGAGCUGUUCGGCUCGACGCUGUCGGGCAUCUUCGCCGCGCCGGCGCAGAAGAAGCUGCAGCAGCGGCGCAGCGCCGUGUCCUCGUCGCAGGGGAGCAUAGACGAGGUGCACUACCAUCGGCAUCAUAAGAAGCUCAACUUCAAACGCAGUCAUUCCCACAAACGUCGAUGGGGCACAUUGAUCGAAGCCGCUAGAACUGGAAAAGUGUCUCGUUUGAUCGGUCGCUCCAGAUCUGAGGACUCCGUAUGCAACAGGUGCAGCGAAAAUGGCCACAAUCACUCACACAAUGAUAGCCCUAGGUCAGACGAUAACAGUCUUUCAGAUUCCAAUCCAAGUUUAGACACUCAUCUAGAUAGCCAUGAAGACAGUCAUCCUGAAAGGGAACUGCAUGGCAUAGCACACGGAUUAGCACUGCUGAAGAAGAAGAGGAAGAAGUUUUCGGCUUCCAGAAAUUCCAGUCCUAUAGUCAAUCCCACUGAGAUAGUUCCUAAGAAAACUGGAUCGAAAAAGUUCCAGCAGGUCCUGAAAAGAGCCUCCAGCGUCCCAACCAGAGUGCCCGAAGUCGUUCAGAUGAUCAGACACCACGAGAAAACCCAGUCGCAGCAAGAUUCCAUCGAGAUCCAGCAGACCGUUCUCGCUACUCUCACUCCAUCUACCACGGAAGAGAGCGUCAACGCUGUCGGGCCUCUCCUCACCAUCACUGGAACGUCCAGGGAACCGCUGCUCUUCAACUCUUCUUCCAGUAACCAAGCCACGGGGUCCAUCCAGACUCCCGAAGAAGAGGAGUACCACCCGAAUGCUCCUAGUACGUCUCAGUCGCUUCCCAAGUUGCCUGGAGUGAUACCUGUCAGUGGGUAUAACGGCCCUACUGGCUGGUUAUAG